AUGUGGUGGCAGUGUCUGUUGAAGGACCACGGUCAGCCUGAUGUGUGUGACCUGUUCAGUGAUGUGUCUGACCAGUUCAGUGGUGUGUCUGAUCUGUUCAGUGCUGUGUCUGACCUGUUCAGUGAUGUGUCUCACCUGUUCAGUGGUGUGUCUGAUCUGUUCAGUGCUGUGUCUGACCUGUUCAGUGGUGUGCCUGACCUGUUCAGUGAUGUGUGUGACCUGUUCAGUGAUGUGUCUGUCCUGUUCAGUGGUGUGUCUGACCUGUUCAUUGAUGUGUCUGACCUGUUCAGUGAUGUGUCUGUCCUGUUCAGUGAGGUGUCUGAUCUGUUCAGUGAUGUGUCUGACCUGUUCAGUGGUGUGUCUGACCUGUUCAGUGGUGCGCCUGACCUGUUCAGUGAUGUGUCUGACCUGUUCAGUGGUGUGCCUGACCUGUUCAGGGAUGUGUCUGAUCUGUUCAGUGAUGUGUCUGACCUGUUCAGUGGUGUGUCUGACCUGUUCAGUGGUGUGCCUGACCUGUUCAGUGAUGUGUCUGUCUUGUUCAGUGAUGUGUCUGUCCUAUUCAGUGCUGUGUGUGACCUGUUCAGUGAUGUGUGUGACCUGUUCAGUGGUGUGUCUGACCUGUUCAAUGAGGUGUCUCACCUGUUCAGUGAUGUGUGUGACCUGUUCAGUGAUGUGUGUGACCUGUUCAUUUGUGUGUCUGACCUGUUCAGUGGUGUGCCUGACCUGUUCAGGGAUGUUGAUGUGUCUGUCCUGUUCAUUGCUGUGUGUGACCUGUUCAGUGAUGUGUGUGACCUGUUCAGUGGUGUGUCUGACCUGUUCAGUGAUGUGUCUCACCUGUUCAGUGAUGUGUGUGACCUGUUCAUUUGUGUGUCUGACCUGUUCAGUGAGGUGUCUGGCCUGUUCAGUGAGGUGUCUGAUCUGUUCAGUGAGGUGUCUGACCUGUUCAGUGGUGUGUCUGACCUGUUCAGUGAUGUGUCUGUCCUGUUCAGUGGUGCGCCUGACCUGUUCAGUGAGGUGUCUGUCCUGUUCAGUGCUGUGUGUGACCUGUUCAGUGAUGUGUGUGACCUGUUCAGUCGUGUGUCUGACCUGUUCAGUGAGGUGUCUCACCUGUUCAGUGAUGUGUGUGACCUGUUCAGUGAUGUGUGUGACCUGUUCAUUUGUGUGUCUGACCUGUUCAGUGAGGUGUCUGGCCUGUUCAGUGAUGUGUCUGACCUGUUCAGUGAUGUGUCUGACCUGUUCAGUGGUGUGUGUGACCUGUUCAGUGGUGUGUGUGACCUGUUCAGUGGUGUGUCUGACCUGUUCAGUGAUGUGUCUGACCUUUUCAGUGAUGUGUCUGAUCUGUUCAGUGAUGUGUCUGACAUGUUCAGUGAGGUGUCUGACCUGUUAAGUGAUGUUUGUGACCUGUUCAGUGAUGUGUCUGAUCUGUUCAGUGAUGUUGAUGUGUGUGACCUGUUCAAUGGUGUGUCUGACCUGUUCAGUGAUGUGUCUGACCUGUUCAGUGAUGUGUCUGACCUGUUCAGUGGUGUGUCUGACCUGUUCGGUGAUGUGUGUGACCUGUUCAGUGAUGUGUGUGACCUGUUCAGUGAGGUGUGUGACCUGUUCAGUUAG